CUCAGAGAAAGUGACUUACAGUCGUUCAGUGCUGUUGAGCAGUUCCUGUGAUUUACCUUGACUGCCCAGAGAAUGUAAUUUGCCAUGAAAAAUAGUUCUCUUGAUAUUCUAUUUUCUCGCAUCCAAAGGCGGACAGUGUGUUUACAUCGUUUUACAUUGAAUUCUGUCGCAUUAGAUUUUCUCAGGGAAACACAACGAGUUCAGUAUUGAUCAGCAGCGCGAAUUGCGCGAAUUGAAGUGAAAAUGCAACGAUUGUUGGCAAUUUUCGUAAUAUUAUCGGUGAUAUGGCGGUGUAUUGAGAGCUUAAAUUGUAAAUCCCUGGAAGAAAAUGUUCCAGUGUCGAUUGGAAUUAUGUUAGGAGCGACAGAAAGUGAUUCCAAUGCAAAAUGUCGAAAGGAUAUCAGUGAAAUUCUCAAUGGAAUAGCUGAAAGACAACUUUGGGCUCUUCAAAUCUUGGAUGCUUCUGGGAAUCGACAGAAUCCCUUUGUCUGGGGAGAGAAUCUCUGGCUGGGCUCCAAAGAAGCCUGCCUAGCGUCCAACAAUCCUCCGUCUGUGAUCGUGAGCGAGAAGACUGUGAGACUGAAGGAAUUGCUGAAGAUCACUUCGCCAAUUGCAGUGGACUACCGAAUCCUCAGUGGCAAUGUCGAAGCGCCCCAGCAGAAGCAAAUGUCCAUCCUGUUCAGUGAUUCCUCGGAAUUCCAGCUGGGCAUUUGCCUGCCAAAGUCCUGCACACUGCCCGAGACGCUGAAGCUCGCGCAGCAAUUCUUUCGAGCGGGAAAUGUGAGCAAUUUCUUCGAUAUCUCGGUCACCUUCGAUCGAGUCAGGGACUUCAACGAUGCCAGUUUGUGGGAAAACACGAGUUUCAGAGCAGCUGCGGUGAUUUUUCUCGCUGUGGCACUCGUCACAUUCUUGGCGCGCCACAGUGAGGAAUUCUCCGGUGGAAAUCUGUCUCGCUUCAUUUCCUGCUUCCAUUUUACCUCCAAUUUCACUGCCACGAUGUCAACUGACGUCCAUCCGGGCUCUGUAUCGUCUGUGGCCGGCCUGAAGACGAUCUCGUGCCUCUGGAUCAUUGGAAUGCACGUAAUGUACUUCAAUAUCAUCACGCUCAGGAUUCCACUGGACAGCGCCAAGUUCGACAACAUCGCCUACUUCCUGCUCUUCCGAUCCGUGCUCGCCGUGGACAUUUUCUUCAUGAUCUCCGGACUUCUUAUGGCAUACAAUUUCCUCCGUCGCGACACUCUGCAUCGACAGAUCCAGGAAAACAGCUUAGCCGACAAUGCGAAGCUCCUCGUGCGCUUCAUUCUGCAUCGCUACUUGCGUCUGGCGCCAGUCAUUCUUAUCUCUUCCAUCCUCUCGCGGAUGGUCUUCCUCUAUCUCGACUCCGUGAACGCGCUGCCCAUGGGAUUCUGUCCAGGAGUCGAGUGCAAAUAUUGGUAUCGCAAUAUGCUGUUCGUACAGAACUUCUACCCCAUCCAAGACAUGUGCAAUCGCUGGAGCUGGCAUUUGGCAUGUGAUAUGCAGCUCUAUGGCAUAUUCAUGCUAAUCCUCUUCAUUCAGGCCAAAUAUCCCCAGCGCGGUCGCUUCCUGCUGGCUCUCGUCACCACUGGCGGUGUGCUGUUGACGUUCAUCCUCUGCCUGUACCACAAAUUCCAACUAUCCGUUCUCGGGGUGUUCGAAGCCAUCGACACGGUGUACACGCCGCUCUGGUACCGCAUCUUCGCCUACGGCGUGGGUAUCUUCGCCGCUAUGAUCAUCACAGCGGCCCAGGAGGUGAAGAUGCCUGUCUUCAGCUCGCGUUCGGUCAGGAUUUACGUGGGCAGCUCGCUGAUAUUCCUCGUCACGCAAGUUCUGAGCGACGCGGCCUCGCGAAGUGUCUUCUAUGUGGCUUUCUUGUGGUCUGUGGGACGUUUCCUGCUAGCCGUCUUCAUGGCAUCCUACCUGUGUCUGGCGCACUGGGGUUAUCUGCUGUCCUUCGCUAAAUUCGCCUCCAGCAAGUUCUGCACGCGGAUGAACAAGCUCUCCUACACAAUGUACAUGUUUCACAGUGUCUUCGCAAGAUUUGCCUUUGGCGGACGACUUCCUCCCUCAGAACUCUCCUAUCCAAUGAUUAUCGUCAGUUACUUCGGAAUAUUGAUAAUAACUUAUGGUUUCUCAAUCUUGUGCACGACCUUCAUAGAAGUGCCUUUCCAGAGGAUUUCGGAGGAAUUUUUGAUGAAACCAUUGUGGCCAAAACCAGCCAAUAACGUGAAAAAUCAGAAGGAAAUGAAAUAAAUUAAUUUAUUGUG